GAGAAUAUAUACAUAAACCUACUGUGAUACGUAAAUUGUGAGCACUGGUUUAUCAGUGGUCUGAGAGUUUUGUAGUAUUUUAUGUUCAUACUGAUUUGGAUUCACGGAAUAUGGGCUGUUUCAAUACUGUGUGGAAUAAAGCAAAAUCAAAGGUGCAGUCAUGGCACAAGACAGAGUUUGUCCCAAGCAAAGUUCGGGACCCUAUAUUUGGGAACAUAAUAACUAUGUCCAUAGCGGAAACUGCAGCUUACAGGAUUAUCUGCCAAGAUCUGAGAGUGGGUCUAUUACCUUCAUAUGCACCUUAUUUGCUGAUAUCAUUCGUCGCAAUGUUCGAGGCAUUACUGGGCCCUUUCGUCGCAUGGUGUGGAUAUAAGACACGGAAGAGAAUGAUGCUUGGCUGGUCAAUUGGUUUCAUCUUGGCUUCCUUUUGCUGGUUUGCAAUCCCAUCACCCGUAAAACUAACGGAGUCAGAUUUUUGCGAAAAUCCAAGUGUCAACACAAACAUACUCUUCGCUGGUCUAUCCGCGCGGACAGCAGUGCGGAUGUUCGUGACUGUGUUUGUAGCAAUAUGCUUCUGUCUAGCGAGGGUGGCCACAUGGAGCCAUUACAUAGCUUACGCAGACGACCAAGAUCCUAAGAGAACUACUGUUGACUUCGGACUCCUUGUUAUUGCUCGAGUGAUACCCCUUAUUUUUGGUUAUAAGAUGCUCAGUAUGAUUGUGGAGGUGUCCGUCCUUCUAAAGAUUCUCAUUAUAACACUAACAACGCUCCUAAAUAUAGCAAAAAUUUAUUUCGUUGUACCAACAUCUGAGCAUCAAAUCGAAACGAAAGCACCUCCAAUGGAAGACAGAGGUUUCUUCAGGAGUUUGUUUCGGGUGCUGUGUAAUGUUCUCGCUAUGUCGCAAAUGCUGUCCGUAGCGCUUAUCGCUGCUGCCUUCUGGGGAUUUGGGUAUAACGAAGAAGAGAUAGUCAAGACAAACUUCGACAUUGACACCUCGGAUGCAACCAUAAUCGAUCAUCAUGUGGAAUUUUUUCGAUAUUUAUGUGCGAUUCUUGGUGUGGUGUACAUUGGCGUCAAAUAUUCGACACCAAUACGGACUGACUACGAAAUACCCAGGGCCCUCAAGCACAUCUCUAAAAUGACACUUAUCGCUGCAAUCAUGUAUAUACUUAUUGUUGUGGUGCCGCCUUGUACAAAGGGUCACGUGGCAGGCUUAGAAAACAGCAAUGUAUACACGCAUCCCCAAUGCAGUUUGUCGUGUGGUUGCGUGCCAAAAUGGAAUGAAUACAAUCCUGUAUGUGUAGUGGACACCAUGUCGACCUACCUUUCACCAUGUGAGGCUGGCUGCACAGGUUCCUAUACAAUUGAGAAUUUACUGGUAUACUCCAACUGCAGCUGCGCAGGUCUUUCAGGGCAAGCGGCACCGGGUGCUUGCAGUAAUUUCAACUGUCAGACUGGAUAUAAUUUUCAUAUGACAGCCUAUGCAGCAAUCAUGAUUUUGUCAGUGCUGGCGUUCCAAUCACAAGGCAUGGUGAUCCUCAAAUCAGUGGACCCGCGAGAUAAGUCCAUCGCCAUGGGAAUGAUGUGGUCUGUCAUUGCAGCUGUUUCUUAUGUCUGUGCUAGUAAUAUCUUCUUUUCUAUUGCAUGGAAAACAUGCAGUUGGUACACAGGUGACAAAUGCCAACUUUACGAACAGAGAUUCUCAUAUAUUAUCGGAUUUACCUGUGCGGGGCUCGUGUUUAUAGCGUUAGUUAUAAACUUCGUAGCCAUAGGAUACCUGCGAUUAAAAAACAAACGAACAGAGGAUAGGAACGAAGAUAACGGAGAAAGAACUGAUAUAGAAUAGAAUUAUUCGUAAUACUUACAUUAAUCUCGUUGAUGAUUGAACAACUUUAACAUAAUUAUUAAAUGACGAACACAUUUUUUUGUAAUUAUAUACUUAUUCGUUAAGUACAUAUAUAGUUCAUUUCUGACUGGCUUAAAAUUAAAUUAUCAUUAUUUAGUUAUACAGUUAUAUAAUUAUACGACUAGUCUUGAUAUACGGCUGUGAAGAACAGAAGCUAGUGGAAGCGGAUGUCAAGAUAUUGCGUCAAAUCCUACGCCCUAGAAGGAGAUAGGAUGGGUCAUAUGGAGUCCAAAAGUAUCCCAAAUAAUUUUGGCUAUUAACUCUUUUAAAAGAUUCAAUCUCAAAAUAGCCAUACCCAACAUAUAGGCUUCGUUGGCUGGGGCACCUUGAGCGCAUGGGCCAAGAACGGGCGGUUUAGGAAGCUAAGUGCUCGAAAACCCGUAGGUCGGCUUGGUACUGCUGGAUCGACAGUCUGGAGGAGCACCUGUUGUAAAUGAAAUUGGAAAAGAGACAACUCUCACUACAGGAAGCGUCUCACUUCGAAGGCAAAGGUUUUUAAGCUCCUUUGGUGCAGAGCCAGUAGGAUAAGCGUGAUAAUUUAUUUAUCAUCUAAAUAAUAUUGACUACUUAGGAGUGAAGUAUUCAUAAUUUCAGUUUUAUAUAAGUUAAGUAUUGUAUAAACAAAUUGCAAUAAUAUCUGGGAACUUUAUUCGAAAGAUUAGUCCGUCAUAAAAAUAUUUUGGAAAAUUUUUAGCUCAUAGUUCCCAUUAAGAUUUAUUAUUUAUAACGGGUAUCAGAAUUCUCAUCUCUUAAUUGUCGAUUUCAUAAAUUGUUUGACAGCUUGAGAAAAAGUCAGCUUUUGACAAUUGACAAUCGUGACCCAGUGACAUCAAACGAAUUUUUACGUGACAAAGCGUGAGCUGACGUCAUUUCCUUUAGUCUCCCUUAAAACUCGAUGAAAGUUUGUCUCUCUAGCUAAGGUUUAAUUUUUAAUAAUAAUUCAAUUAAUAUUUGGCAUUGACCUUAUAUUUUAAUUUAAUAAACUAACCUAACUAAAACUUUAACUAACUUUUUUUUAAAGCGGACUAAAAAUUUAAUGUACGUGUUACUACAUCAUUACAGCCGAAUUUGCGGAAUUUAAAUUGUAUGUACUUGAAAAUUUAUGCAUGUACCUACUAUAUUCGAAAGUAAUCGCUGAACUUUUUCUGAGUAGAAAGUUUUUGACGAUUGAUUAUUGUUAAAAGUAUAGAACUUAAUUUGUUAACUAUAUAGUUUUAUAAAUAUAUUAUAUUUAUAAUUUAAGCUUAACAGUAAGACUUUCUUGCUCAGUAAAUGUUGGUUGGUGUUUUACCAAAGACGUAGCUAAUAUUUUUGUGUAUUUC